AUGAACAACCGGAUCGUCAGCACCGGGUCGGGGAUGAUGGGGAAGAUGGCAUCGGGACGACUUAGCGGAGCGUCUGUGGUGAGAUUGAAAAGUCGGACGGUGACGCUAUUUAAUUCGAGAUUUCACACUGGGAAAGAAGAAUGGAAAAACCGGACUGCUGUCUUAUGGGAUAGACAAUUUUACUCGCAAAAAGUGCAUUUGCAGAAUUACAGCAAGAAGCGGCUUGCGAAAUGGGCCGUUUUGACCAGUGUGACGCUAAUUAUUGGGUCUAUCUUGCUGGGACAAGACGAUUUGGAGAAAGAGGUGGAAGCAGAAUCUGAGGCUGCGGACAAUGCUCGUCGGCAACGUGGGCCCAAGAUACGGAUUUUCAACAAUAAUUGGCUGUUUUUCUGGUAUUCAACGCUACCGCUGAAUGCGAUGUCUCGUUUGUGGGGGCAAGUGAACUCGCUAACAUUGCCAAUGUGGAUGCGGCCCUGGGGUUAUCGUUUCUAUUCUACAGUUUUUGGAGUUGAUUUAGACGAAAUGGAAGAUCCAGAUUUCACACAUUACAAAAACCUUUCGGAAUUUUUUUAUCGCACAAUCAGACCCGAAACUAGGCCCAUUGCGCCGGGCGACGACGUCGUCGUUUGUCCCAGUGACGGCAAAGUCCUGCAACUCGGCGUCAUUAAUUCGCAUACAGGCGAAAUCGAGCAAGUUAAGGGUUUGACAUACUCCGUUCGCGAGUUUUUGGGCACUCACGCGCACCCUGCUAUGAGUAGACAAGGCUCCCAGGAAAAUCUGGACACCAGAAAGCAUGACAACGAUUCUGAUAAUGAAAAACCCGUUGAAUUUGCUCGCAUUAAUAGCAUACCUUAUACCUUCAAUGACAUCAUUGGCGAAACCCCGGGACCAGAGAGUUCUCACCUUCAAAAAAUCCAGUACAAAGACGAAGGAGACACGUCCCUUUCAUCCAAUACCCCUUCUGCCAACAAAGUCUUGAAAUUGUUAGGUCAAUUGUCAACUAACUAUUUGACACGUUUGACUGAUAGUGACCCCAAGAAUACCCAACUUUAUUUUGCUGUGAUUUACUUAGCUCCCGGCGAUUACCACCAUUACCAUUCGCCGGUCAACUGGGUUUGCAAAUUGAGGCGGCAUUUCCCAGGGGAACUGUUUUCCGUGGCCCCAUAUUUCCAAAGAAACUUCCCGAACCUUUUUGUUCUUAAUGAGCGAGUAGCCCUCUUAGGACACUGGAAAUAUGGAUUUUUUAGCAUGACGCCAGUAGGCGCUACCAAUGUUGGGUCCAUUAAACUGAACUUUGACAAAGAGCUUGUCACUAACGAGAGAAGAAGAAAGCGACUUGAACCACAUACAUGCUACGAAGCGACUUACGAGAAUACCUCAAAUGCUUUGGGCGGAGUGCCCCUGGUUAAGGGAGAGGAGAUGGGUGGCUUCAUGUUGGGGAGCACGGUAGUGCUUUGCUUCGAAGCUCCAAAAGAUUUCAAGUUUCAAAUAAGAAUUGGUGAUAAAGUUAGGAUGGGUCAGCUGCUAGGUCAAACUGCAUAA